CCACAGGAAAAACUGCCAACCAUCUGUCUGUCGGGUUGGCCUGUGUAUUGUUCUGCAGCUCUUUAUAAAGACUUCAUUUUUUAAUCCUUGGGACAGUGAAAGACCACACAAAAGAAAAUGGACGAAAGAGAGGAAAAUCAAAGAGAGGCAGAAGAAAGGCAAAAUAGGUUGAGGCCUCAGCCUAACAUUCAAGGUCGGGAAUCAGGACAAAAAAGACAAGAAGACCUUUAUCUGGGCUUUCUGACAAAACAACAACUGAUAAUGAUAUCUGCGGCUGUUGGACUUGUUGUCCUGCUGAUCAUCAUUAUUGUUCCAGCUGUGGUGCUCACUAAAAAGUCAGCUGCUCUUCCCUCGUUUUCUACUGGUGGAGACAUGUUGGACUUCCUGAUUCAGUCGGGUGAAAUCAGCGAACCCGAUGGCCUGCCGGCUACCUGGUUUCACAGAGCCAAUAGCAAGGACGAAAUGAACAAAGCUCUCGCAAGUGGUGCUAUGAUCCUGGAGUCUGAUGUCACUCUGCAGGGUCAAGGAACACCUAGUCAGAAGCCAAUCCCUAUCAUGGCCCACCCUCCUGACAUCUACAGUGACAACACCCUGGACCAAUGGUUGGAUGCUGUGCUGGCCUCUAGAAAAGCCAUGAAGUUGGAUUUUAAGUAUCUGGAAGCCGUGGGUUUGUCACUGGACCUGCUUGGUCAAAAGAACAUAAGCAGAGGAAUAAACAGGCCUGUGUGGUUAAAUGCAGACAUCAUCCACGGUCCCAACGUACAUAACACCGUGCCCGUAAUCAAUGGAACCAGAUUUCUGCAGUUGAUUCAGGAGAAGUUUCCAGAUGUGACAUUGUCUCCUGGAUGGAAGGUACUCUAUCUUCCUCCAAUUUUCAUUAAAACCUACACCAAGCCCAUGAUGGACGACAUGUAUGAUAUGAUCAAAGAUGUUCCCCAAAUGGUGACAUUCCCAAUCCACGCCCUGUUGGUUCGCAGUGGCUGGCAGCACAUCAGCUGGCUCCUCAGCCAGUCACCACGGUUCAGUCUGACACUAUGGCAGGGUGACAUUCACCCAAACAUCUCUGACCUGCUGUUUGUCCGUGACAACACCCACCCUGCUAGAGUCUACUACGAUAUAUAUGAACCAACGCUGUCUGAAUUUAAACAGGCUGCAAGGAAGCAGGGCCAUCUGAGGAGAUUCUAUCCUGGAGGAGACCUGAUGGACUUCCUCUAUCCACUUCACAAGUCAGACACCAGCUUCAAGUCUGCAGUCUCACAACGCAACAGCCUGGCAGUCCAUUGGUUUACAGUCACUGACAGGACCUCCCUGUUGGUUCAGCUUUCAGAUCGUGCUGCUGGUAUGUUGGUGGUCCGGGUGGCUUCGGACAGCAACCAGCCUGGAGUCCCUCUGGUGGAAGGUUCUGGAAAGAGCUCAGAAGCCCUCACACUGCAGGACGUCCUGCAGCUGCUCGGGCAGAGAGCUGAUGUCCCCUUAGGUGUUUACCUGCGGAUUCACACUCAGCAGCUUCUGGAAGCUUCUCUCAAACUGCUGCACUCAGCCUACAGUAGGGAGGAGCUGUACAGGCCUGUCUGGAUCAGCAUGGAGGGCUUGCAGAGCACUGACAACACAAAGGAGUUUGUAUCUGCAGUAGAGAGGCUGUUCCCUUACGUCACCCUCGUCCUGACAGAGCAGAACUGGCAUCCUCUGAUUCCAGCGACAGUGACCUGCUUGUCUCAGCGAGUGGCUCUACAUCUGAACACAGCACCACUGGCAAAAGGACAGGAGGCACUUCACUCUUUAAUGAGAAUGAUGGACAGAUAUGACCUUAUAGUGGAGGGGGACCUAAAAAGGAGAGAUUUCGCUGUCUUCGCAGGGCUAAUGACCCAGCGUUCAAGCAAAGUAAACACAAACCUGUAUGUGAUAUCUGAUCAAUAAACUGAGGAUGGAUAUUAACAAUCCUUAAUCACUAUACUGCACUCAAAA